UCAUGCUGCUGCCAGGUCCAGAGUCUGUCAUGGGUCCCUGUACGGCCUCCCAUUGUGCUGUCUCCAUCGCCACACUCUGCCAUGUGCCACUUUCAGGUCUCCUCACACACUGCUGGUGUUGUUCAUUUUUUGACAUAGGGUGCUGGCAGAUUACGGGCCUCCCAUAGCUGCUGCCAGGCCCCUAAUCUGCCAUAGGCCCCUAUAUACCGCCUCCUCAUGCUGCUGCCAAGUACCAGAGUCUGUCAUGGGUCCCUGUACGGCCUCCCAUUGCUGCUGUCUCCAUCGCCACACUCUGCCCAUGUGCCACUUUCAGGUCUCCUCACACAUGUGGUGUGUUCAGUUUUUUGAC